AUGAUCAGCACUGAGAAUCCUAAAUAUUCAAAAGAUUUAGUAUGCAAAGAAGCCCUUGAUGCAUGGAAUAAAAUUAAAUUAAAGCCCAAAAAUGAAAUUAAAAAUACCAUUGGAUAUCUCAUUAAAGAUGCUGCCUCUACUACCCAAUAUCUAAAUCUUGUCCAAUAUUUUAAUACUGCUACUUUAACUCAAAAUAAAAUAACUAAGAAAAUUGUUGUUCCUGGUGCACCACCAUCAAAUGCUGCACCCAAAUAUAAGCUAAUGAAUUGCAUACAGAACCUUAAACAAGUCCUCAAUAAUGAAGAUAAAAAACUGCAAAGCCUAAAAAAAAUUGCAAAUUACCAAUAUAAAUGUAAAGAAAAAAAAGAUCAAGAUUUAAAUAAGCAUCAGCAAGUUGUAAAAUAUGACUCGCCUGGGCACCCUUCUGUUCUGCACAAAUAUCCAGACUUAUUAGAGCAUAUUCAUAAAAGUAUAGAAUUCAGUGCUGCUAAUAGCAAGAGAAUAAAAGAAGUUAUUAAAGUCCAAACAGUUAAUCACUUACAGGAGGCACUGAAGUCAAAAUAUGAUAAACAUCUUUCUCAGUCUACUAAACAGAACAAUAUAUUCAGAAAGCCAGUUGUAACUGAAUACAUCGAUAUGAAAAGUAUCUCAGUUUCAGAUAAUAUAUCUUGGGAAUGGAUAGAGAUCUAUACAAGAAUCUGCAAAUACUCAUUAGAUGUAAAGAAAUGUAAUAACAUCAAAUAUUGCUCUCCUAAAAGAUGUAAGGAGGCUGCAAGCUAUCUUGCCUUAAAUGAUGGUUUUCUCUCUUCUUAA